UCACCAGCCUCGCGCUCCACCGUGCUCCGCCACUGCGUCCGUCAAGCGCGACAGCGCACGGGCGGGUGAAGCCCUGAGGCGCGUCCACCCUCCGGGAACCCGAGCGAAGCGAGAGCCGGGAUCGCGACCCCCCUGCCCCGACCCUGACGGGUGGGAGAGGCUCACUUGAACCAAACGGCCGGCGCGGGUCGUCUCCGCAGCCUCGCGGUCCCGCGGCUCCCGAGGGCGCUGUUUCAGGCACCAGCCACAGGUGCCCGAAGUGCUGCAGCUGUGGCUGCGGCGUCUCUGUCCCCAAAGCCCCGGGGAACCUCCGCCCUCUGGGGUGAGGGAGGACUCGCGGGAGCCAGUGAAAGGAGCGCUCGAGGGGCCGCAGACGCUCCCAAACGGGCCUCGGUAAAAGUCUCGUCGCUUCGGAGGCGAUUCGGUGCCGUCUCCACCCCUCUCCCUUUAGACGAUGCUUAAGGUACAAGGAAAACCAUUUCCUGGGACAUCUGAAUUGUAUUUCAAGCUUGAGUUACGACAGUGAAGGGGCAAACAUGCUUAACUCCGCCAGUGAAGUGGAGUUUUCGGAAGAAAAAACUACUGAGGAGAUCUCCCAACUCUCUUCCCUGGCACUGUCAGGGGACACAGCAUACAGCGAAAAAACGUCAACUGGUUUGCCCGAAAAAACUGGCUAUCCGGACUCCGUUUACAUUAUGGCAGCGAACAUUUUUCAGGGCAUUCGAUUCGAGAAGUCACCAGAGAAAGUCUUAAUAAAGUAUCGGAAUGAGCCCCUGCCGUCCUCCACCGAGUCUGAGGAUGAAUCCUUUCAGCGUUUGUCCUAUGAGCUGGCUUUCAGUGCCCUGAAGUUUCAAGAUAUUUUGGAAGCUAUAUUAAUAGACAGCUAUAUCUUCCCAAGCACCACAAUACCAGAUCAUUUGAACAGUCUUAUCAUUGUGAUGCUGUAUGAUUUCCAAGAUAGAAAAUUUCAAGCUCGUCUCCUUUCUGAUAAUGAAGAGUCUAUAGUGGAAGUUGUAGAAGUAGAGAACCUUCUUAACAGCUUUAAGACAAAAUUGGCUGCGGCAUUGGCAAGAUGUCGAAUCAAACAUGAUGCCCUUUCAAUUUACCACAUUCUUCCAGAAACAGUUAGGAACCAGGAACUAAGGGCCUCAACUUUGCCACUUUAUACUUGGAUAAAUACGUGUAAAAUCAGCCCUGAAGAAGUUUAUCAUAGUUUGAAGAAAAAAGGCUAUAAUAAAGUCAAAUCUGUGUUGCAUAUUGAUAAUAAAGUCUUUGCUGUGGAUCAACAUUGCUAUGAUGUCUUAAUUUUUCCAUUUCAUCUUAAAAGUGAUCUUCUAAAUACAGAUCUUUUCAAAGAUUAUAAACUUGUAUUUCAGGACAAAUCUCGAAGUCUCGCUGUCCAUUCUGUAAAGGCUUUAUUAAAUAUGGAUGAUGAUAUCUUAAUGGUCAGUACAGGUUCGUGGUACACAGUUGCCCAUAUGUCAGUCUUGACAAAUAAUAAUACCUCAAAAAUAUUUGUGUGUGGAGUACAAUCACAAGCUAAGGAUCCUGACCUGAAGAACCUUUUCACAAAAAUGGGAUGUAAAAAUACAGGUUUACUUAAAGAUUUCUCUCAAGGAGGCCCAUCAGAAGAUAAACUUCAUGUUCUUGCUCAGCAGCAAUAUGAACAGCUAAUACAUGCAAUGAAAUUUACUAGAGCUCAAGCAGUUGUUUACUGCACAUGUUCAGUUUAUCCAGAAGAAAAUGAAACUGUUGUUAAGAAAGCACUGGAAUUUCAAGACCACGGGACUAAAGUACAAUCUUAUAGGCUUAGUCCCCCUGUCCUUCCACUGUGCUCCUUAAAGGAAAUACAUUUGUCCACUGACAAAUUUUUCAGAAUGGAACCAUCUGAAAUUACCAAUGGUUGUUUUCUUUCUGUUCUAACAAGGGAGCGGGACCCAUCUGAGACAGUGUCUGUGAAAGAUGUUUUGGCCCGUGCUGCAGCAAAGGGUCUACUGGAUGGGAUCGAGUUGGGUAAACCUUCAAAACGGGAGAAGAAGAAAAAAUCAAAAAUGUCAUUGCCAAAAUCUUCCACUUCUGAUAGUAGCAGCAUCCAGAUGAAAAUUGCUGAGUUCCUGAGUCAAGAAACUAACGUGAGUGCUCAUCAGUCAGGGACAUUAACAACAAAAACAUCUGUUCCACAGAAGAGUACAAAUCAAGUGGGUUCUUCCUCACAGGUCAGAAAAUCCAACAAGCCCACCACCAAUCCUUUAGUGCCUACAUUUAUGAAGAACACAUCUCCCUCCAGACCAUGUGAACGGCCGACAAACUUUGUAAGACCUCGCCCAGAAGACAGAAUGAUUGCACUGAAACCCGUAGAGAUUGUUUUGCCUCCAGUAAUGUUGCCAUUUUCUAGUCCCCAAAGAAUCAGAUCUCAGAUAGCAACUCAACAUUUUUACUGUCGUUGGGUUGGGCCCAAGACUGUCAUGCCUGGCUAUCUUCCCACACGAUCAAUACCAAGAAGAGGGGAAAAACCUAAAGAAAACUUACCUUCCUCUCUACCCAGGCGUCCUCGACCAUGGCUUUGACUGUCUUGUGUUUUUUACAGGGGUCAAGAGUAGUAGGUUUUUUUUUUUUCAAAGUCUGAUAUUUCUCUGAAGGUUAGACAUCCCUACACAAAAUAGUCAUCCUUUUGGUCAUAUAGUAUCUUCUAAAUGUGAUUAUUACCUUCAAGUGAAUUAAGACAAGUGAGAAUAAUGUAGGUGAGUUAAGCAAAGCAGAAUUCAGAGUUCAGUAGCUGGGUGCUGAUCUGUUUUAGAACGUCCAGUUGUAGACUCGGUAUUGGCUGUUAGAACUUGUCUCACUCUUGUUAACUUUCUGUCUGGACUUAGGACACUGGUUUAAAACUGUAACAAUUUUUCCUGAAGGGAAACACUGUGUGCCUUAGAACAGACUUCUUUUCAAAGUUAACUUGUGAGGCAGUCUAUUAGAAAGCAUAGGUUUGGAAAAGAUGCUCUUGCACGGAUUAUAGCUUGCUCUUCAGUAUUGAGUCAGCUGUAGUUUAACAUUUUCAAUCACUAUCGAGGUUGAUUUCUUUUUUCCUUAAACAUCAAAAUAGGAGAUGUUAUGAGCUUUUGUAAUGUGAUUGAGGUUGAGUAUGAGUAGGAAGAACAGGAAGGUCCAAAGUUCUAGGUGUGAGGAGUUCAGCUGUCCAUUCAGAGUGAAAACUGUUUCUCACUGAAGAACCUCUAGGAUCCUGAGCAGACUGAACAUAAGCUCUCCCUUUUAACUAUUUAUGCCACAUACUGUUGUAAAAAGUGACUGUAAGCAAAUUUCCAUCUAAAUAGUAAUUCUGAGGAAGAGGCCAAACUGUUGAAUACAAGUGACACCCCAACUGUUGAAGAAAUCUAUACAAAUUUAUGAUUCAAAGAUCAGAUGAGAUGGUCAUUUCAAGUGGCACACAGUAAUCAAACUUUGGUAAGUCAUUUCUGAUGCUCAAUUAAAAUAUAUUGUAGCACUAUUUUAAUUAUAUUAAAAGUCAGUUCAUCUUGACUAUUAUCAAUUGCCUUCCAUGAAUUGGUUAUGAUUAUCAUUUCUGGGUCUACUGAUUUUUUUUUCAUCAUGGCAACAGAAAGUGACAUUAAAUCAAAUAUGUUACAACUGUAAAUCCUACUGUUUAAAAACG